AUGGGUUCCAAUAAUAGAGAUGCAGUUAUUAGUCAAACCAUAGCCUUUCAGAGGUUGGGCCAUAGACUUAAUCGUCUACCAGAAACAAUUGUUUCCGAUAAUGGAUCUGUGUUUAGAGGAGGAGAUGUAUUACAACUCGGCCGUAAUAUGCAGGUAAAAAUGUUAACCUCAAUUCCUUAUUACGCUCAAGGGAACGGUCAAGCAGAAGCCUCAAACAAAGUUGUAAUUGAAAUUAUUGAGAAGAUGAUCAAGGACAAGCCAAGAAGAUGGCAUGAAACCCUUUCAGAAGCCUUAUGGGCUUAUAAAAAAUCAAAAAGGACAAGUACAGGAGCUACUUCUUAUCGGCUAACAUUUGGCCAUGAUGUCGUGUUAUCGAUGGAGUUAGAUGUAAAAUUGGCAAAAAUAGCUUUGCAACAUAAUCUGAUACCUGUCGAUUACAACGAAGCUAUGCUUGCAGAGUUAGAGGACUUAGAUGAAGUUCAGAAACUUACUUUAGACCACCUUAUGGUCCAUAAAGCAAAGCUAAUGAAAGCCUAUAAAAAAAGGGUAAAGUUCAAAUCAUUAGCAGAGGGUGAUAUGGUUUGGCAAACAAUUCUUCCACCUGGAAAGGUAGAUAGAACUUAUGCAAAAUAG